AAGAAGAUACGAAUUGUCAAAUCAACUGUAAAGCAACCGGAGGCGGUCGAUUGCAAUAUGGAAGUAAACAAUUCGUCGGUAGAACAUUUACCCCAACUGUCUAAGCGGUUUGGCCAUCUACGGAAAAUCACAGAAAGACCUGGACCUUUCUGCCAUGCGAAUUUCAGCGCAUCUCCCGAGAAUUUGGAGUUUUUAUCAACAACAUGCAAAAUAUUGAUCAUCGGAGCUGGCGGGCUAGGCUGCGAGCUGUUGAAGGAUGUAGCUCUGAUGGGAUUCAAUGAUAUUCAUGUCAUAGACAUGGAUACUAUUGAACUUUCGAACUUGAAUCGGCAAUUUUUGUUCAGGAAGAAUGAUAUCGGUUUUUCGAAGGCCGAGCGCGCCGCUGCAUUCAUAAAUGCAAGGGUACCAACAUGCCAUGUCACACCACAUUUUUGUAAAAUUCAAGACUACGGUGAGGAAUUCUAUCGACAGUUCCACAUUAUAAUCUGUGGCUUAGACUCCGUUGUUGCUCGACGAUGGAUAAAUGGGAUGGUGUUAUCAUUAGUGAAAUAUGAUGAUGACGGGUCUAUAGAACAAGAGUCGGUAAUACCAAUAAUUGAUGGUGGGACUGAAGGAUUCAAAGGGAAUGCCCGAAUUAUAAUACCAGGUCUCAGUGCUUGUAUUGACUGUACAUUAGAUCUAUUCCCGCCGCAAGUUACAUAUCCGCUAUGCACUCUAGCGAAUACGCCACGUUUGCCUGAACACUGCAUCGAAUAUGUUCGUGUUAUUCAAUGGGAAAAGGAAAAUCCUUUUAAAGCGCCAUUAGAUGGAGAUGAUCCCCAGCAUAUUCUUUGGAUUUAUGAGAAGUCAUUGGAACGUGCCAGUCAGUUUAAUAUUUCGGGACUUUCUUAUAGGCUUGUUCAAGGUGUAAUUAAACAUAUAAUUCCGGCGGUUGCAAGCACGAAUGCCGUAAUAGCCGCUGCUUGUGCAACUGAGGCUUUUAAAGUAGCUACCAACUGUUAUGAAUUCCUCAAUAACUACAUGGUAUUUAACGAUGGCGAUGGAAUAUACACUUACACUUACGCAGCUGAACGAAAGCCGGACUGUUUAGCUUGCAGUAACAUUCCUCGGUCAGUAUCAAUCGAAGAUCCCAACACCACGACUUUGGAAGAUCUGAUUAAGCAACUCUGCGAAGACCAGGAGUUCCAAAUGAAAAGUCCAGGUUUAACAACUCUAAUCGAUGGUAAAAGCAAAACACUGUACAUGUCAACGGUUAAAAGCAUCGAAGAAAGGACUAAAUGUAAUCUUACAUGUUCUCUUGGAGAAUUAGGUCUUAAAGACGGGCAAGAAAUCAUGGUCGCGGAUCCGACCACACCAAAUACGAUAAUUAUUAAAUUGAAGUAUAAUACAAAUGAAGUUGAAAUGAAAUGAAAUAAAUUAUUUGUUCUUUGUCAUGUAAAAUAAAUCUCUAAUGUUUCAGUUA